AUUUAAUAAAGUCCAGAAACUUUGCUCAUAUUUAGGUAAUUUAACUGAAUUCGACCGAAAACUCGUCCUACACCGUUUUACAGCUACCUCUUUCUCCAACAUGCUGCCCGGCCGCGUGUGACAGCGAUGGUGGGUCAAUGGAGGGUCCAAGACCACCAUUCUAUCCAGACCGCGUCAAUGCUUUUUCCUUCCGACUAUCUGCUCUAAAUGCUCCCCAGUCCCACCAUACCAGUCCGGUUUUGUCAUUUAUUGGCCAAUUUUAGAUGCUCACCCCAUCUUCAACCCCCAACCAGCGCACCAUCUCUGUGAUGCGAGCAAAAAAGCAAUGCCCACUCUCUGGAUUCUCCUCUCUUUCACCCUUGGAGGCUUUUAGAGCUAUAAAUCUUCAUCCCCAAAGUUAGUUGGUUGAAGAAUGUUCAGAAAGGUCUGUUCUUUAUUCCCCUCACUCUAUUUGGUUAGCCAGAGCUGAAAUGGAGAGUUCUUGCAAAAAUACAUCCUUUUUGUUCUUCAUCUUCUCCAUUGCACCAAUUUAUGCUUCUUUUGGUUUGAAUGCUGACGGUACAACCCUUCUCUCGCUGGCCAAGCACUGGACUUCUAUCCCUUCCAGCAUAAACCAGAGCUGGAAUGCUUCCGACCCCACUCCUUGUUCAUGGCUGGGAGUAAAAUGCGACACCAAACAGCGUGUGCAUACUCUGAAUCUCUUUUCCAAUGGAAUCUCCGGCGGAAUCAGUCUGGAUAUCUCAAAUUUGACGCAUUUGAGGCACCUUGAUUUGGGUAGCAAUAAUUUCUCCGGUCCAAUCCCUUCCCAGUUAGCCAGUUGCACACGUCUUCGCGGCAUAGAUCUAUCCGAAAACGGGUUUACUGGCAAUAUCCCAGAUAGCCUAGGAGGUUUGCAGAAUUUAAGGCGUCUCAGCUUGUUCUCUAAUUCUCUGACCGGCCCAUUUCCGGAAUCUCUGGUUUCUAUUCCAUCUUUGGACACUCUUUAUUUGAAUGACAAUAGACUCAGCGGUCCAAUCCCUUCAAGUAUAGGAAACUUGACUGAGCUUGAAAUUCUUUGGCUUGGUUAUAAUCAGUUCUCUGGGUCAAUCCCUUCCUCCCUGGGGAACAUCACUGGCCUAAAAGAACUUUAUUUGAAUGAUAACAGUCUUACUGGAACCUUACCUGUGAGUUUGAAUAAUCUUGAAAAUCUUGUUUAUUUAGAUGUGAGUGAUAACAGUUUAGAAGGAAGCAUUGGUUUGGACUUCGUUGGUUGCAAACACAUUGACACAAUUUCCUUGUCAAACAACAGAUUCACGGGCGGAUUCCUUCCUGGGUUGGGUAAUUGCAGUAAUUUAAGGAAUUUUGCUGCAGGUUCAUGUGCAUUGACUGGCCCUAUUCCUUCUUUCUUCGGGCAGCUCACUCAGUUGGAAACUCUCUACCUUUAUACAAACAGUUUCUCGGGCAGAAUACCGCCCGAGUUAGGAAAGUGCAAAUCUUUGACUAAUUUACAACUGCAUGAAAAUCAACUGGAGGGAGAAAUUCCACAUGAAAUAGGAGAGCUUCAGCAGUUGGAGAUUCUCUAUCUGUUUACCAACAAGUUAUCCGGUGAGAUUCCACUCAGCCUUUGGAAAAUCCGAACCCUUAAAAGUCUCCAGUUGUAUCAAAACAAUCUUUCGGGUGAACUACCCCUUGAGAUGACCGAAUUAAGGUAUUUACAGAAUGUUUCUCUAUUUGAAAACCACUUCACAGGUGUGAUUCCUCAAGGUUUUGGGACUAAAAACAGUUUAACCAUUCUCGAUUUGACCAACAACAUGUUCACCGGUCAAAUUCCACCGAGUUUGUGCUUCCACAAGAAACUGAAGAAACUUCUAUUGGGUCGCAACAAUCUGGAAGGUAAUGUUCCUUCUGAUCUGGUGAACUGUCCCACACUGGAAAGGCUGAUACUUAAAGAGAAUAACCUCACAGGUGUCCUCCCAGGCUUUGUCAAGAACCAAAAUAACCUUCUUUUCUUUGACCUCAGUGGGAAUAACUUCAUUGGACCAGUACCUCCAAGCUUGGGAAACCAAACAAACCUUACUGUCAUUAACUUGUCUUCAAACAACCUCUCUGGUAUUAUACCAUCCGAGAUUGGAAGUCUCGUGAAACUUGGACUGUUGAACCUUUCUCAAAAUGCCCUUGAAGGUACACUCCCCUCUGAGCUAUCAAACUGCCGUGAACUGUCUGAAAUUGAUUUAAGUCACAAUUUGUUGAAUGGCUCAAUUCCGUCCACUUUAGGUAACUUGCGGGAACUUUUCAGAUUGAGUCUAGGGGAUAACAAAUUUUCAGGGAAUAUUCCGAAUUCGCUGUUCCAAUCCAAAAAUAAGCUCUUAAAUCUGCAACUUGGUGGAAAUUCACUAACUGGAGAUAUUCCUCCAGUCGGGCCAAUGCAGAUGCUAAUAUCAUUAAAUUUGAGCAGUAACAACCUGGACGGUCAACUCCCUCCAGAUCUUUGGGAACUAACAAAGCUAGAGGAAUUGGAUUUGUCUAAUAACAAUCUUUCUGGAACUUUGGGAGUUCUUUCAUCGAUCCAAUCAUUGACUUUCAUCAACAUAUCUUAUAACUUGUUUUCAGGUCCCAUACCACCUUCACUGUUGAAGUUCAUGAGCUCAUCUCCUUCUUCAUUUCUGGGGAACUUUGGCCUUUGCCUCUUCUGUCCUGUUGAUGGAUUAACCAAAAAGAGCACCCUCAGUCAUUUGGAAAUAGCAACGAUAGUUCUUGGGACAUCGUUAUUUGUUAUUUGUCUAAUCCUUCUACCCACCUACCUUUUUAUACGUCGCAAGUAUUCUUCUACACAAGAAAUUCUAGUUUGUCCUCAAGAGGGUGAUUCUUCCUUGCUAACUAAAGUGUUGAAAACUACAGAAAAUCUGAAUGAUAAGUAUAUAAUAGGGAGGGGAGCACACGGAACGAUAUACAAGGCUUCAGUGGGUUCCGAUAAAGCAUAUGCUGUCAAAAAGCUUGCAUUGACUGGGAUCAAGAAUGGAAGCAUGAGUAUGGUUAGGGAAAUUCAAACGAUCGGGAACGUCAAACACCGGAAUCUUGUUAAGCUGGAAGACUUUUGGCUUAGAAAGGAGUAUGGACUGAUUCUAUACACUUAUAUGGAAAACGGAAGCCUCCAUGAUGUGCUCCAUGAAAGGAGUCCACCUCAGCAAUUAGAGUGGGGAACACGUUAUAACAUUGCUGUAGGGGUUGCUCAAGGACUUGCAUAUCUCCAUUUUGAUUGUGAUCCUCCUAUUGUUCAUCGAGAUAUUAAACCUAAGAAUAUACUUUUGGACUCUAAUCUCGAGCCUCACAUCUCUGAUUUUGGCAUUGCCAAGCUUCUGGAUCAGUCUGCUGCUGCUUCUCUACCAUCCAAUACAGUUCAGGGGACAGUUGGCUAUAUGGCUCCAGAAAAUGCAUUUAACACGGUGAAGAGCAGAGAAUCAGAUGUCUACAGCUAUGGAGUGGUUCUAUUGGAAUUGAUAACCCGUAAGCAGGCUUUGGAUCCUUCAUUCCAUGGCGAAACAGAUAUUGUCAGUUGGGUUAGGUCCGUUUGGCAAGGGAGUAAGGAAAUUGAGAGGAUAGUGGAUCCAAGACUGAUGGAUGAAUUGGUAGAUUCAAGAACAAUGGAACAAGUUAGGGAGGUGCUUUUGCUGGGGUUAAGGUGUACAGGAGAGGAGGUAAAGAGAAGGCCCACAAUGAGAGAUGUAGUAAAGCAACUAACGCGCUCCUACUAUAGAGUUAGAAGCAGUUCUAAGGGCAUGUUUGGCACAAGUAGUUUGAGUUGAGUGAUUGAAUAAUGACUAUGUAUGGGUUGGGUUGCUCAAGUAUGUAAUAUAUUAGCUGGCUGAAGUAAACCCAGAGAUGUAAUUUUACCUUAGAAGACUGUGUAGUAUAGUCAUUCCAUUACCUAAUGAAAUUUUGGUAAAACAUCU